AUGACACAGAAGAAGUUAAGUGACGUCACUUCCACCUAUUCGCACGCGCAGAUGGCGCUGGUUGUGAACUUUGGAGGCUGGAGGGCGUGUCCCUCAGAGGUGAUUCGCUCUCGGCGAUCGAUGGGUGGACAGACGGAGCUGCUGAUUCGCUGGCGUCUCAUCUCCAUGGGCGACACUGACUCGGGGGGCGGAGCCUCAAAGAACAGCGUCUUAAUGUGGAUGUGUGAAGAAGACGCCAGAUACUGCGACGUUAGCCCGCGAUGUGUGCUUGGAGCUAACGAAGAGCAGCUAACAGGAGCAGAGGACCAGGAGCUGUUGGAGCUGCAGGAGGAUGUGCGCUCCCUGGUGUGUCGUGCUGUGAGACAGAUGCGUCCUCCACGCAGUUCCGCUCUCAGCCACACAGUGUCUGUGCUAAGCUCAUACGCUGCUAUCGCUACCCUGGCUCCUGUGUUCAGAGAAGCUGGAGCUCUGGAUCUGAUCCUGGAACUGUUGUGUGACCGCGAUCGAGGCACACAGCGUAGCGCGGGGGUCAUCCUGAGGAACAUGGCGGCACACGACGCUGGCAGCCGGGCCUCUGUGCUCUUGGCCCUCACGAACAGAGACUUGGAGCUGGACUUUGAAAACCGUCUGACUCUGUUAGAGCUGUUCUCUGAGACCACGUCCAGUGAGGAGCAGGGCAGCUGUGGCCAUGCUCCUCUGCCUCAGAUUCCUGGAAAGGCUCUAUUUUCGUUGGUGAAGCGAUACCUCAGAGUGACGCUGCUGGUUGACUCUGCCCCCUCACCCGACGAUGGUCCCGCCUCCUGUCAGCGGCUGGAGUUUGACAUUGCCAUGGCAACAGCGGCGCUGCUCGCGGAGCUGCUGCGAGUGCUAGGCGGUGACCGCUCCCAGGCCCCGCCUCCAGAAACCAGAACCAGAAAGUCCAUUUUCAAAGCCAAUGACCAAGCAGAACACAGCAGCAUCAGCCAAUCACAACGCAGUCCCGCCCCCAGCAAAGAGUUCAGGACUCGUCAGGAUUUCCCGUCUCGAUCCGAAUACGAGCUGUACCUGCAGCAGACACUCACUCGGGGCAGCAGAGUGCAGAUGAACCAGGACUAUGAAGAGGUGCGCUCUGGAGACCAGGGGGAGUUCAGGACCAGCAACAAUGGCUCUCCGCCUGUGCAGGUGCUCUGGGAUACUUUGGGCAGAACGUACUGGGUUCACUGGCACAUGCUGGACAUCCUCAGCUCCUCAGCGAAGACCAAAGACCAGACUAAAGACCUGGGUAAAGACCAGACUAAAGUCCAGAGGCCAGAGACCAGACCUGGAAUGGAUGAAUCCCUGCCCACAGAGCUACUGCUGCCACGCCCAUCCCUCUACACCUGUCCGUACCUGAACUCAGUUGAGGUAAAGGGGGCGGAGCUUAGCACAGGUGAGUGGUGGGAGGUGCUGUUCUUCGUGAGGAGCCUGGGGCCGGAGCUUCAGAAGCAGGUGCGGCGUCUCCUGCAGAGGGCCUUACACGAGGCGGAGCUUGACGAGAGCGUGCUGAUUGGCCUGAGCGUGCCCGUCUCCGUGGCUACGCAGGUGCUGCACUUCCUAGAGCAGCAUCUGUCGGCUGCGAGUCUGAGCGAGCUGCGGUGGGCAGCGGUUUACCGCAAGCUGAGCAAGGUGGCGGAGCCAGGACCACGGCAGGAUGAGGGGGUGGAGCCAUCAGUGCGGCAAAGCGAGGGGGCGGAGCCAGGAGCGAGAGCUAAAGGUUCAAAGUUGCGUUCUUCUGAUGUCUGCAUGGAGUCUGCCUCAAAGAAACCCAAGACAGAGGCCGAGGCCCAAGCCGAGGCCCAAGCCAAGGCCGAGGCCCAAGCCAAGGCCGAGGCCCAAGCCAAGGCCCAAGCCAAGGCCGAGGCCGAGGACCCAUCCCAGUCCCAGGCCGAGGACCCAUCCCAGUCCCAGGCCGAGGACCCAUCCCAGUCCCAGGCCGAGAACCCAUCCCAGUCCCAGACCACAGCGCUGGGACUGGACCAGGCUUCAGGGUCCACUGAGGCCUUUCUUCCAGGUCUGGAGCAAUUGAUCUCGGAGUUUGCCUCGAGGGUGAAGCAGAAGUCGAUUUUGAAGAAGCUCUCGGCGACCGUAGCAGUUCAAGAGACUGAGAGAGAGACUCGCGGCUCUCUAGCAGACCUGGGUCUGAGACUGGCCACUGUGGUCAUCAUGAUCCAUGGGCUGGACCAGGACUGUCCUGAGCGCUUCAAGACAGUCACCGAGUCCCAGACCAGGUCUCAGGUCUCUGCCGUGCUUAUGGAACUGUUGGGGUCUCAGUCCAAGCUCCUGGUCUGGUUUGGACUUCGGUUGCUACAGAAUGUUUUUGUGAAGUUUGAUUGGAGGAUUCACUUCUGCACAGUGGGCGGAGUCUGUGCUGUGCUGGGUGCCAUGGCAACUCACUGCAAAAGUGCUCGUGUCCAGGGUGCAGCGCUAGAUGUCCUGCAGCUCCUCACUGGAGUGGGCACUGCACCUCCUCUUGCCGAGCAGCGUGUGGUGCAGGAGGUGUUUGCCAGCAUCACCUCCGCCUCAGGCUCGAGGGGCCUCCUGUCGGCCCUCCCCUCAGGUCUGCAUGUCCUGAUGCAGACACAGAGGGAGGAGGAGGAGGAGGAGGAGGAGGAGAACAUGAGAGAGGCAAAGGGGGUAUGCCGGAUGCUGGUGGACGUGCAGGAGAUGCGCAGUGUCCUGGACGAGGUGAAGGAGGUGCGGUGUGUCCUGGACGAGCUGAGGUCCAUUCUGGAGCGUCCCAAAGGAGUGUCAAGGGAGGAUCAGCAAGAGGGGGAGGAGCGCUCAGAGCAGAUUCGGUCGGGGCUCCUGGUUCUCUCCUGGCUUAUGUCUCAGUCUGAGCUGAAGGAGGCGCUAGUGAGCAGUGACCUGAGCUGUGUCCUUAAGGAGUGUGUGAAGCAACAAGUGCAUCCUGCCUUAGCCCUAAGUCUGCUGAGGGGCGUGGCUACAGACCUGGACCUGGAUCAGGACUUGGACCUCCCACAGUCCCAGCUGCAGACUCUGCUGUCGGGGCUGAAGGAUCCUGGUGUCUCCACAGAAGUGAUCCAAAGUCUGGAGAAGCUGCUUUGUGAAAGUCCACCAGCAGAGGGUGCUGUGUGGCUCAAACAGGUGACACAGAACGCUGACGUCUUAUUGGACAUGGUGAAGCUGAUGGAGACGAAGAAAACUGACAAAACUGCAACAACCUCAGUUCUCAGGAUUUUGGGUAAACUCUUGGAUGAUUUUCACGAAGACUUCCCGUGGCAUCGAGUCAUCGAGCCGAGUCUGACGGUUAUCAGUCUGCACCUGACAGACCUGCCACUGGUGCAGCUGUCUCUGGCCUUGCUGGUCCGGUUGGGAACCCUGGAUAAGGACCAUGCGGUUCUGAUGGUCCGGUCUGGUGCUGGUCCAGUUCUGGAUCGAGUCCUGGAGAAACACGAGUCUCUGAAGGCGGCGCUGGACCUGAAGGAGCUAACCCAUGAAAUCGACUGGGUCUCUGGUCUCUACGAGAGGCUGGGGUCUAGCCUGAUGUCCGGUUGUAUACAGCUGGUCCUGGGUCAGAUUGAGGAACACCGUCGCUCUCAUCGUCCAAUCAACAUCCCCCUGUUCGACGCCUUCCUGUGCCACCUGUGCCAAGGCUCGGGGGCUGAGCUUCGCGAGGACCAGUGCUGGGAGAAGGUGGAGGUUUCAUCCAAUCAGCAUCGAGCCAAAAGUCUGACGGACCAGAACCCAAAGACCUACUGGGAGUCCAACGGAGUGUCAGGGUCGCACGCCAUCACUGUGGUGAUGAGAAGGGGCGUGGUCAUCAGGGAGCUGUCGGUGCUGGUCUCCUCAGAGGACUCCAGCUACAUGCCCUCAAAGAUCCUGGUGUAUGGAGGAGAAGAAAACACUGCAUCUGCUCUGACCUCAGAACUCAGCACGGUGAACGUGCCGCCCUCUGCUGGACGUGUAGUGCUGCUGCAGAACCAGACUGUGUUUUGGCCUGUGAUUCAAAUCCGGAUCAAGAGAUGUCAACAGGGUGGGAUCGACACUCGUGUGCGUGCCCUGGAGGUCCUGGGUCCUAAACAGACUCUAUGGCCUGUGUUUAAAGAGCAGCUGUGUCUCAGGACUCACCUGUUCUACACCUGUAAAGCUCAGAGCUGGAGUCAGCCAAUCAAAGGGCAGAAGACUCAGCUGCUGCAGGUCUACCACAGGUUGAACGCUGUGUUGAAGUUGGAGCAGGCGUUUGCAGACCGUUUCCUUCCAGACACUGAAGCCGCAUCCGCCUUGGGGCAGACUGUGUGGGACGCUCUGGUCUGUCCUUUGGUGCACGCUGUGACAUCAUCAGACUCCCCUGCGCUCUCCUGGUUGCUAAUGCAGUACUUGUUGAACUCUGCAUCGUCACGGCGAUGGAAAAGCCCGGCAGCCAUCUUUAACUCCAGAGUGCGACGCCUCGUUCACCUUCUUGUUCACGUGGACACAAGCCCUGCCCCUCUGCUUGAGCCCCGUCCGCAUGCAGAUGUUUCCACAGCUGCGGUCAGAAAAGAGCGCAGCAGCAUCAGUGACAUGGCCCUCUGCUGGCAGGCCGUGGUACAGCAGCAGGUGCAGGCCUUCCUCAGCUCUCACCUGGAUCAGGUGGGUCGGGCCUCCCUGGAAGUAGGAGCGGCCUCUCUGAAUGUGGGCGUGGCCUCCCUUGAUGUGGGUGUGGUCUCCCUGGAUGUGGGCGUGGCUCAGCGCUUCAGUGACUUGUACCUGACACUGCAGAGAUCCACCACUGAACUUUUCCACAAACACCAGAGCUUCAGUUGUGCUCUGAGACAAGGUUUCUGCUCUGCUCUUCUCAGGCUGUCAGCGAGGGAGGGCAUCCAGCUUUGUGAGUGCUUUGCUCGGCACAUUGGUCACAUGAUCAGCCAGCUGAGCUCACCUGGAGGGGCGGAGUCACAGCUGAUGGGGGUGGAGUCACAUAUGAAGGGGGCGGAGUCACAGCUACACUUGUUUUUAGAUUCCAUGUUGUUUCUGAGCGGACUUGAGCUGGCUAACACCUUUGAGCACUUUUACAGGCAGUUCUUGUCGGACCGGCUGCUGCUUAUUGGCUGCGUGUGGCUGGAGAGCGCUGUGAUUGGUCAAAUCGGAGCUUGUUUCCCGUCUCGCUUCCCGCAGCAGAUGCUUCUAAACGUGCGCGAGUCAGAGCAGCUGCAGCGGGACUUCAGUCUGCAUCAGCUCCACAGACUGGACCAAGAACUGGACCAAGACCAAGACCUGGACCAAGACCUGGACCCAGACCUCGAGCAGGACCGAGAUGUGGAGCUGGAUCUUGACCAGUUCAAGACCGACUCAGACCAGAGCCCUGAGGUCCGGGUCCUGGUUCUGUCUCCUCGGUGCUGGAACAUCUCUUCACACUUUUAUUUGGAUCAAAAGCGUUUGGAAAUUCUGCCACAACCGCUUCUGAAGUCACUGCAGCUGUAUGAGGACUUCUACCAGCACUACCAGGCCCAGAUGAGUCCUAGGGGGUCCUCUCCUCGCAGACUGCAGUGGACGUCUCUGGGAUCGGCUGAGGUCUCCUUCGGGUCCUGGACUCUGACCGUGUCCUCGGUCCAACUGCUGGUCCUGCUCCAGUUCAAUCAGACCCAGGAGCUGAGUGUCUCUUCUCUCGUGUCUCACACUGGUCUGACUGAAUCUGUGCUGCUCCACGCGCUGCAGCGACUGACGAGCUCUGAGGGCCCCUUAUGCUACAGGGACCAGGACCAGGGCCGAGACCUGGACCUGGACCAGGACAAAAGCCCAGUCCUCCGCCUGGACCCCCUGGUGGCACUGCGCUCCACACAGAGCUCUGCUCAUGUGUCUCUGCUUCCUGAGGACAACUACAGGCCACGGGAGGACACAGCGGCCAUUUUGGAACGCAAGAGGAACUUUCUUUUGUGUUUGAUCGCCCGCGUGCUGAAGCAGGAGAGAGAGGUGCACGUGGACCACCUGGUGUACAAGGUGUUGGACUUGUGUCAGAAGAGUCCGGCUGAUUCUUCAGAAGCUGGUCCUGGUCCCAGGCCCCUUGGUUCAGACCCGGCUCGGGGCUUGUUCUCCUGCUCCUCUGCAGACGUACUCUCAUGUCUGAUGCAUCUCUUCAGUAAAAACCUGGUUCGGCGAAAACCAGACCGACCCCAGAUCCUUGAGUACCUCCAAGAGUCUUCCAGUCCCCCCCGAGGCCAGGCCCUGGACUGCAGCCAGGCCAGUCUCGACUUGGGUCGGACUCUGACACAAGAUGAAGUUCAGGAGCUAAUGAAGAGGACAGUACAGCAGGUCGCUGAUGCUGUCUCCAUGACGACAGAGUGGGCGGAGCAUCUGUUGGUUGUCAACCUGUGGGAUGUGGACCGCGUUCUGCAGCGUUACCCUGACGACCCCACGGCCCUGCUGCUGGAGGCGGGGCUUCAGAGCGCAGACUCCGCCCCCGAGAUGUCAGACUGUUCAUUGUGUCCCGUCUGCCUGAGCGCCACCACUGAGGCCACGCCCACUCUGAGCUGCGGACACUUCUGUUGCCAGUCUUGCUGGGAGGAGUACCUGACGUCCCGUAUAGAGCAGAACUUGGGCCUCUCCUGUAUCUGUCCAAUUACAGACUGCACUGCUCAGACCACGCCCACUUUCUACCGACGCGUUCUAAAGGACGCUGACACGCUCCGACAGUACCAUGGCGCUCUGGUUCGGUCCUAUGUGGACUCGUGCUCUAACCUCACCUGGUGCACAAACCCAUCUGGUUGUGGCCGUGUCCUGAUGAGACAGACUCAAGUCGACUCCGGACGCUGUGACUGUGGCUGGACCAGCUGCUUCAACUGUACAUUCAUCGAGGCCCACUUCCCGGCGUCGUGCUCGCACAUGUGUCGCUGGGUGGAUGAUGGAGGCUUCUAUGAGGGCAUGAGUCUGGAGGCUCAGUCCAAACAUUUGGCCAAACUCAUUUCCAAGCGCUGUCCUCACUGCUCCACCGCCAUCGAGAAGAACGAGGGCUGCCUGCAUAUGACAUGUGCUAAGUGCAGUCAUGGAUUCUGUUGGCGUUGCCUCAAACCCUGGAAACCGACUCACAAGGACUACUACAACUGCUCCGCCUCGGUCAGUAAAGCAGCUCGUCAGGGAAAGAAGUUUCAGGAUUUCAACGAGAAGUGUACGUUCCAGCACCAGGCCAAGCGACCAAUCAGAGAGCUGCAAUGUUGGACACAAGCCAAUCAGAGCAGGACUAAAUGUAUCUUGUCUGUAGAAAGAACCAGACGGACUUGGAGGAAGUCGCUGCCUUUGUGGAUGAUGAGCUUUGCCGGCCGCCGCUCGCACACGUGCCGCCGCUUGCACACGUGCCGCCGCUUGCACACGUGCCGCCGCUUGCACACGUGCCGCCGCUCGCACACGUGCCGCCGCUCGGACACGUGCCGCCGCUCGGACACGUGCCGCCGCUCGGACACGUGCCGCCGCCGCUCGGACACGUGCCGCCGCUCACGCUCGCACGUGCGCGCCGCACACGUGCCGCCGCUCGGACACGUGCCGCCGCUCGCACACGUGCCGCCGCUCGCACACGUGCCGCCGCUCGCACACGUGCCGCCGCCGCUCGCACACGUGCCGCCGCUCGCACACGUGCCGCCGCUCGCACACGUGCCGCCGCUCGCACACGUGCCGCCGCUCGCACACGUGCCGCCGCUCGCACACGUGCCGCCGCUCGCACACGUGCCGCCGCUCGCACACGUGCCGCCGCUCGGACACGUGCCGCCGCUCGCACACGUGCCGCCGCUCGGACACGUGCCGCCGCUCGCACACGUGCCGCCGCUCGCACACGUGCCGCCGCUCGCACACGUGCCGCCGCUCGGACACGUGCCGCCGCUCGGACACGUGCCGCCGCUCGGACACGUGCCGCCGCUCGCACACGUGCCGCCGCUCAGACACGACUUUGCUCAGUCCCUGGUCCACAGAGUGUCCUCUCAGUCCUCCUCGGUCUCAAUGUCCACUCUGUCCUUUGUCCUGGAGUCCUGUCGGGUCUUGGUCCAGGCUCGAAAAGUCUUGGCUUACAGCUGCGUCUACAGCUACUACACCCAGAGUCCCCAGAACCAGGUCCAGAACCAGGUCCAGAACCAUAUCCAGACACGGGUCCAGACAGAGGUCCAGACAGAGGUCCAGAACCAGGACUGCAGCCAGGACCAGCUGGACCUGCUGGAGAGCCAGACCGAGGCCCUGGAGACCCACGCCACAGCCCUGCAAGUGCUGCUGGAGGAGACGCUGCUCCAGAGCUCAGACCUCGGAUCCAGUCUGAACCUGAUCAAACCAAACCAGAUCUGCACCGGUCUACAACUGGUCCAGAGAAUCGAGGAGAGACUGAGGGCAGUGCACCAGCACUCCACACAGGAUUUCAGACUCAGCUGUGAUUCUAAAAGCCAAUCAGACAACCCCAACGCUUCAGGAGCAACCAAUCAGAGCGCAGCAAACAAAGAGACUAACUCAGACUCAGAUCCAGAUCAGAACCAAGACCAGAACCUGGAGGAAGACUAUGAUGACUACGAUGAUUAUGAUGAAGAUGAGGAUUAUGCUCCGGAUUAUGACUAUGACGAAGACGAUGUGGACGAAGAGUACUACUCAGACUAUGACCAGGACUAUGGUCCCUUCGACUGA